UAACUGCACGGCACCAUUUGAGUCAACAGUCCAGGAUCUGCAAACAAAGUUUUGCUGUCACCACCUUGACCGCCACAGCCACCCCGACCACACACACAAGGAAAAAGUGUAUUUUUCCAGUACCAAAGUCCAUACAGUCACCUUAACUGCCAAAUUCCCAAACCGGUCCGGUCUGUCUGGCUGAGGGGGCCUCUUGUCGGACCGUGUUGUGAAGUGAAAAGUAGCUCUCACGUUUUGCCAGCGGCAGAUUUCCAAACAAUCCCUGACAAGGCAUUCCUCUGCCUGCGACAUUCCUGAGCCUUCUUCACCUUUGCUGAGACAUGUCUUUGUACAGCUUUGGCCUGGAGCCACUGUCCUGCCAUGCCUGGAACAAAGACAGGACGCAGAUUGCAGUAAGCCCCAACAACAGUGUGGUGAACAUCUAUGAGAAGAAGGGCAAGGAGUGGACGAAAAUCCAUGAACUCACCGAGCACAGCGGACGGAUCACAGGCAUUGACUGGGCCCCGGAGUCCAACCGCAUCGUGACAUGUGCCUCUGACCGUAAUGCCUACGUGUGGACCCUGAAGGACGGCGUGUGGAAACCCACCCUGGUCCUGGUUCGGAUUAACAGAGCGGCCACGUGCGUGAAGUGGUCUCCCCUGGAGAACAAGUUUGCUCUCGGCAGUGGCGCCCGCCUCAUCUCCGUUUGCUACUUUGAGGAGGAGAAUAACUGGUGGCUGAGUAAGCACAUCAAGAAGGCGAUUCGCUCCACGGUGCUGAGUCUGGACUGGCACCCCAACAACAUCCUGCUGGCAGCUGGCUCUGCAGACUUCCACUGCAGGAUAUUCUCUGCCUACAUCAAGGACAUCGAGGACAAACCUGGCCCUACAGCGUGGGGGGCGAAGAUGCCUUUUGGGGAGGUUCUGCUGGAGCAUAAAGACUGUGGAGGCUGGGUGCAUAGUGUGUCCUUCUCCCCCAGUGGAGAUCAGCUGGCCUGGGUGGCCCACAACAGCAGUAUUACUGUGGCCGAUGCCACCCAGGGGAAAGCAGUAACCCAGCUGACGACAGACUAUCUGCCUCUACUGAGCGUGCUCUAUGUGACGCCCACCGAGAUUGUGGCCGCGGGGCAUGACUGCUGCCCAUACCAGUUUACCUAUAAGGACCCAGACUGUGUGGAGUUUGUGAAGAAGCUUAACAUCCCCAAACAGACCUCCAAGGGUAGCAUGUCAGCCAUGCAGCACUUCCGCAACCUGGACAAAAAGGCUACUGAGGAGGACAGCAAUGAACUAGUCACCUUGCACCAGAACAGCAUCACGCAGCUGCGUGUUGUGUCUCGAGGUAAAGACGUAGUGGAGAAGUACAGCAGUGUGGGUCUGGAUGGAGCCAUGGUGGUGUGGGAUUUUAAGAUUUGACACAGCAUACGUUGUCACUACUUGGGACAGAUGUGUGGACCAGAAAGCUAUGUGUCUUAUAUUGUUAGUAUCAACCAGUCAUUCCCUGUCAUGCCAUCUACGAUCAAUCGCUGUGUAACAUAACAACUGACAUGUUGUUGUCGUUGUUGUUUUUCCCAAUGGAGAUACAGUGCAAAGAUGCUUUGUGAAGUAAUCAGUAUUUUUCUAUUCCGGCAAAUAAAAACUCUGUGCCCGGGACCUCUUGGGAAAGGACUUAGUGCCAAUUACCAGUGAUGGCAGGAUGGACAUGUUAAAUGAAAUGCGCAUGUUGGAAGUAUUGCACCGCAUGAAUUAAACAUUGAAUGAAAACUAAAUAUAGUGAG